UAAAUUUAAAAUAAACAAAACAGUCAAUAUGGUUACCGGUGUUUGUGGACCAACCAUGACCGCCAAUGUUAUUGGAGCCCCAGUACCCCGUGCCACCAAAGAGGCACCAGCCAAAAGUGAUCGUCGUUCUAACAAACCAAUUAUGGAAAAAAGACGACGUGCCCGCAUUAAUAACUGUUUAAAUGAAUUGAAAACCUUGAUUUUGGAUGCUACCAAGAAAGACCCGGCUCGUCACUCCAAAUUGGAAAAGGCCGACAUCUUGGAAAAGACUGUCAAACAUUUGCAAGAAUUGCAACGUCAACAGGCCGCCAUGCAACAGGCUGCCGAUCCAAAAAUCAUCAACAAAUUCAAGGCCGGUUUCACCGACUGUGCCAAUGAAGUGUCACGUUUUCCCGGCUUGGAACCCUCCGUCAAACGUCGCCUGCUGCAACAUUUGCAAAAUUGCAUCAACGGCGUUAAGACCGAAAUGCACGCCCAACAACGUCAGCAACAAGCCGCCGCUGUACAACAAUUGCAUGGACAAAUCUUGCCUUCACCACCCUCAUCGCCCGAACAGGAUCAUCACCAACAUCAACAACAGCAAUAUAUUAUGAGCUCUCAGAUUCAACAAACCCCUCAUGGCUACUUCCUACCCAAUGGUCUGCAGGUUAUCCCCACCAAAUUGCCAAAUGGCAGCAUUGCUUUGGUCUUGCCUCCUCAACAACCCAACCAAGUUCAUCAUCUCCAGCAACAACAACAACCAGCUCAACCACCCAUGUUGGUACCCAUUCCCAGCCGUACUGCCUCAACUGGCUCCGCCUCAUCCCACAGCUCUCAAUCGACCUAUGAACAUGUCUACAGUCAACCUCAACCCAACCACAUGAUGCACUUUGCCCCACCCAGCCCUGCCAACUCCCAUGAAGCCAUGGACUACAAACCCUCGGUGAUUCAUCAUGCCCCAGCUGCCCAGCAGCAAAUGCAACAACCCCUCUCCCUGGUGACCAAAAAACAAAUCAAAGAAGAAGAACCCGUCUGGCGUCCAUGGUGAAGUGGCCAA